AUGAACAAUAUAAAGGUAUACGGAUGCAAAAACGUGACGAAUGUGUUUACAAAAAAUAAAGAAAUUAAUGAAUAUAUAAAUGUUUUACAAUAUGUGGAUGCCUCAAAUGAAGGAGCUAGCCAUUUUCAUGUCUUCCUUUUUGACUACUUUGACAAUGUCGCAAGGGAAGGAGUACCCAAUGAUGAGGAAGUUCCUCCCAGUAGAGAAGGGCAUACUCCCUCUUUGAAUAGCCAAUAUUGGGGAGGGGGGGAAGAGGUCAAUAACUCUGAGGGAGUCCCAUUUGGACACAGAAAUGUUGGAAAACAGAAAAGUGAGGUAACUUCUCGAGUGGGUGAAGAACAAAUGAAGUAUGGCGAGAUGGUCAUUUUUUACAAUGUCGUGUUUGACCCCGAAUUGGUAGGAAGCGCGUUAGGGGUGGACAUAUGUGAGAGAACACUGUGUGCCAACACGGUAGAAAAUUCCAAGGAGAAACUAAUACUAUGCAGAAGCUCUAACGAUGAAGACGCAAAAGAGGGCGUCGAAAUGGAGAAGAUGAAUGCAUCCUUCCAUAACGACAAUGGAAAGAACUCCAAGUUGAAACAAAUUUUGGAAGCCUUGGGAAUGGAAAGUUUAAGCUCCUUCUCGGGGACUCUCCUAAAAUUCCCCUUCACUUCGCAGGUGUGUAUGCACCAAAUUUGCGAGCAAUUAAUAAAAGUCACAACGGAGUUUGUGCUCCUGUCCCGGGAGGUAGAAACGUUUAAAGUUCAUAUGAAUGGUCAUUCGGUGUGUACCUGGGAGAGGAGGGAGAAUAGUAUUCCCAUUUCUCACUUGGAAGGUGAAACACACCUAGUGAAUGAAGUCCCCUACGUUACUGUGCGGCAGAAGCAGGAAGAUGAAAUCACCCAGUAUGUUCUCCAUGCAAAUGCGAUAAAAAGUAAUAGCCAAGAGGAAGAAAUAUAUUUUAUGCAUGUAAGUAGACAAAUGGAUGGAAUAUCACAAAACUGUAGCGAAAUUGAUGCGUUCCAAAAAGGGGGAGGUGUUACUUGGCCGAGCUACAUACAGACCGUGAAGGGUGUCGUCCCAAUGUUUAUAAAAUCGAAGAGUAAAAGGAAAAUCCAAAUGGUGGAUAUAACGAAGGGGUGGGAAGCAACUACCAUUUGUAACCUUUACGUGGAAUUUUUGUUACUCCUCCGUGAGCUAAACCUAUCCUGCAGUGCAUAUGAUUUUUCGUUCCAUUUUCCAGACACCUUAGAGGCCAAUACUUUUUUUGUCCUCUACAGACAACUAUUUGAAGAAGAAGAAAAAUUAAAAUUUUUUUUUAAUGGGCAUCACUGGAUGGGAUUCUCUGAAUGUGUAUUCGUUCCGUACGACUUGAAAAAUAUUUUUGAGAAUUGCAUCUCCGACAUUGUAAAACAUUCCGGUGUGAAGAAUUUACUCUUUUUUGACGAUAAGGUGAAGAACGCUUUGUUCAGUUAUUUGAAUAUCCUAUGUGAGGAAAAAAAAAAUGUAUUGGCUUCGAAAAUUUGUAAGCGAAAUUUGCUAUAUAUAGAAAAUGUCCCUGAUAAAUUCAGACGAACGGAUAAACACAACAUAGAUGAUGAAAUGGUGAAGAGAACGUAUCAAAAUAGGACAAAUAAAUUUUUGUGCGAAGUAAUCAUACACAAUGCUGUCUAUGUGCAGUUCGAAAAUUGGGUCCCCAUUUUGUCCCACUUGCUGGAAGUGGGGGAACAGUCCGUAUUAGCAUGUCUGAAAAACUCGCCUUGUUUCCCAAAUGAAGAAAAAGAGUAUAGGAGGCUAAGCGAAUUGGUGUACCCCCUGGACAGCGAAGAUUUCUACGGGGUAGACAAUCACGAUUGUAGUGAAAAUGGGAUAGAACUCAACAUGGGGGGAGGCAAAAAUGGUGAAAGUUGCAGUCCUACGGAGGGGGAAAAUAUACCUCAUGGUGAUACCCACGUGAAGGACGACACCCACAAGACAAAAAACAAAAAUUCCAUUGGGAAGGAAAAUCUGUUAAACUUCCAUUUGGUGAAACAAGUUAAGGAGGAGGGGAUCGAAAAGAUGAAGUCGCUAGGUCUUACCAUCCUCGAAGAGCAGUACAAAUUAAAUGACAACAUAAACGAUAUUUUUCUCGACUUGGAAAAACUAUAUCGUAGCAAAAAUUUGUUUGAUAGUAAAUUAAAAAUUCUGAACAAAAUAAUUUUCCAGCUAGAGAAAAAUAUACACCAUUUGAAAGAUCCCCUAGUACUGCAAAAAUGUAGGGAGCGUUUUUUCCUGCCACUGUACCGGAGUAAACACUUUAGUUAUGCCUUCUCUAGUACAGGGGAUACUUCGGUAGAAGGUAAGAGUGGGAUAAGUAAAAAGGUCGUCAUUAGAGGGACACCCAAUCGGGAUCAUCCGAAAAGGGGGGUCACCAAAACGGAGGUCACCUCGAGCAAUGACAACAGUGCCAACAGUUUUGACCCCUUAAGGGAGACUAACAGCAAUUCGCCCCAAAAUAUCUCUAACGUCGCAAGGCGUGACGUGCAUAAAAGUGCAGACCUCUGUGGAAAAAGCAAAAACGACCAGAAGGAUAACGACUUUGUCAAAAUAUGUGAUGCGUAUGAUAGGAAAUAUUUCAACGUCAUUUUUUUGAAAGCCAAAUGUUACCAUUUGGAGAAGCUGACUGUGUCUCCCCAAUUGGGGGACCUACUCGAAUUGGAGAGGAGUCCCCCCUUGGCUGAGGUUCUGGGGCACCUGGAAUUGCUCUGUAGGAGUUCCAAGAAUACGUGCUUUCAGAACGUGUCCAAGGUGUACGACGAUAUAUAUGACCAUUUGGAGAAGCACAUUGUUCGGAACAAAUCGAGGGGAAGUUUGGUCGUCUCAGGAAAUGCGGGAACGGGUGACACAGGGGGGGUGAAAGCAGGGCGUGUGGGGGACUCUUCCCCACAAGGUGAAUCUCGCAUGCUGGCGAACUUUGUCCAAAAAGAGAAGUUCAUUUACAUAAAGAACAAACUAUGGAGGGCCAAGGACGUGUUUUCCAUUAAGUAUACCAUCCCUUUUAACCUCUUCCUGUGUGAGCUCCCCAAACUGUACAAAAUGAAGUACCCCAAUUUGAUCGAGCUCAGUUGCGUGCAGGGAAGUCUGAAGCAUUCCAAGGUGGUUAGCAUUUUGGGCAAAAUUGUCUCCAAACUGAGGAGCAAAUUGGUUCCCCCAGGUGAGAAGGACGCCCACCCGGAUGAGAAAACAAAUGAAGGCGAGGUAGUAAAUGAACAGAAAGUGUACCUAUCAGGACUGCUAAAAAUAUCAUACGUUAACACGUUGAAUAUAAUUGAUGUGUCAGUUUGUGAUUGGGCACCCCUCUGUACAAAGGGAGAAAAGGAAAACUUACAAACGGUGGAAAAUGAAAAGGGUCGAAAUUUGGCAAAAUUGAAUCAAGUGGAUAAGAAGACGAAGCCUCAGUUGAAAUGUCCCUGCUUCGAUGGCAUCUACCUUCCAAAUGGGGAAUACCUCCUGGUGAAGAAGGAGGAGAACAUCGUGCAUAGGGACGUGAAGGAGAACAUCAUUGAUUUGUUGAAUGUUCCAAAAAAAGGAGAAAAGGAAAGUGUAGAACUGAAUAGAGGAACGCAGAAAAUUCAAAAAAAGGGUUCCAACGAGGGGGAGAAGAAUAGUAUGAAAAAAGGGCCCAUAAAAAGUCUCCCACUGGGGAGAAAUAAAACAGUGAAAAAUACCCUACCUGCGAGCACCAUUAGCAAGACUAGAAAAAUCCAAGUGGGGAAAAAUCCACAAAUUGCUACAAACAACGAGGAGGCAAAUAAAAAGAAAACGACGUCCUACCUAAUCGAACAGAAGAAAAAGGAACAACUGAGGAGAGAAGUAAAAAAGGAAAAAACACCCACUGUUAGGGGAGAGCCCAAAUUGUUACCUCCCCAAAAUGGAACUCAUGUAAAAACAAAUGGGAUCAAAAAAAGAGAGCUCCAAAAGGGGAAUAAACUCAAUGAUAAUAUCCUAUUUAGGGAAAUAAAAAACUUGAUAUACUUUCUAGACGACAUAGGAUGCUUGGACAUAAAAUUGAUUUCGGAUAAGAGAAGUUUCAGCUCGGACACUCUUCCCAAAGUGUUCCUCAAAAGGACUUGCUUCUGUCUGUACAUAAAGGUCAAGAAGGAACAGUACGAAAAUCUUCUAAUUAGAAGUGACGAAUUAAAUUCCUAUGCCGAUGCUCACAAUGUAGUGCGUUACAGGGAAUACCUCAAUGCAGACACGAACAACUUAGAGUCACUAAAAUCUUGCAACGACUUGAUUUGCUCCUACCUUUUUGAGAACCUUUCCGGCGUUUUGGAUUAUUUGCUAAUUCGAAAUGGGAACUGCAUCUCAGAGUGGUAUUCACGGCACACCGAGGAGGGGACCAAUAAGGAGGGCAGCCAUGAGCAGAGUUUGCCUAACCUAGAUGAGCUGAAUACCCGCUUGAAGGAUGUACCGAGUGGGAAUACACCAGAAGUGGAAUUUCCGAAUGGGAAAAAAUCUCCCGAUAGUGGGGAUCAAGCAACUUCCCUUCACAAUGACGGUGACAACCUUGGGAAAAGCACGACGCGCAUAACCCCAAAUGUAGACCCACCAUCUGAGAGGAACAAAAGGGUCCUAUACAGAAGAAACCACAUUCUCAGCAAAAAGGAUGAAGAACUAGCCAAAAGUAUAUUCUUUUACAACUACUUCCGAACCGAUGAGAAGAACAAAUGGGAGGAAAAUGGCUACCUGCGGAAACAGCCCAAAGUGGGAAGUGCGAGCAGAAGAAAGGAGGUACCCCUGCGGGGCGAGAAAAAAUAUUAUUUGCGACGGACAACCGAAAUGGGAAGCGGGGAAUACCCACUAGGAGCAAUCUCCAUCAGUGACGUGGAACCUGAUCCCAUAGAUCGAAUCGAAAUGAAGAGAAAAUAUUCAAACGUGAGGGAAAACCAAAUCAUAUGCAUUCGCCUGUACAGUAAGCAGAAGCUGUCAGUACUAAAGAUGAUUGAAAGGGUCUUUUUGGAGUGCAAAAAAUAUAGUGAAAAGUUUUUCUUCUUUUCGAAAAAUCUUCUAAAAUUGGAUAUUAUAAAAAUAAAUGAAAAAGGGGGGCGGGCUGAAAAUGCCACAAGUUUAGGGAUCUGCAUGUCUGACUAUCACUUCCAUCUGCGGGAAAAAUUUUACAACGCAGCGAGGAAGCAAUUACACAGUUUGGGUAAUAACAAAGGGGAGCAAUUAUCCCCGGACGAAACGAAUUGCAACAAUUUGGAAAUAUUUCUUCAGUGCCAAAUAUACAACGGAAGUAAAUCGAGCAGAUGGAUCAUCGGGUUGUUGCACGAGGUUCGUAUAGCCAUUUGUUUCGAGCAUUAUCAAAUUUUCCGCAAACAUUUUCUGUUCCAAAAUUUUAACAUCGUUUCAAAUAUAGACAACUUACCUAUGCAUAUAUGUUGCAACUUAUUUGACAAUAAUACCUCCAAUUUGAAAAGGGUGAAAAAUGUGGAGAACCUGCAGGGGGUAAUAAAGAAGAUCUCCAUUUUGUAUGAACACUUUUUGAAGCUGGCCCACAGAAAUGCAGUGAAGAAAUUGUUGAAGCAGGAUUCGAGUAGGGUUCUCUACAAAUGUAAGGGGAAAUGGGUUAAAAGGAAGUUGCCGGAGAGGCGAGUUGCAAGCGGCGUGAGUACAAUUCCCCCGGUUGGCACAGUUAACGGUAUAAGAAGCCUUAGCAGUGCCGACCUGAGCAGCAUUACUAACAUUCCCAGCAUACACGUCAUGCGAAACAUGCACAGCGGGAAGGUGAGCAACAUGACCAGCAUGGCGAGCGCCUCCCUGAUGGAUCUUUCGAAUUGUGAAAACGCACGGAACACCCCUAAGGAGAGCAACGACGGCGUAACCCUAGACUACAUAUACAAAGUAGACAAAAGGGACAUUAAAAAUUUUAGCGAAAUAUAUCAAAUUUUUAAAACCAAGUAUCUUAAUUUUAUUCCGAAAAAAUAUGACAAGAAUGACUUAUUCAGUUCAGUUGUUAGGAGUGUUUUUUUAAAUUGCCCAGAACUUCAAAUUUUGCCUUGCUUAAAGAAGAAGGAAAAAAUUUACGCCCUGUACUGGUCCAAUAUGCACGACUGCAUCAAUGUCUACCCUUUCUGCAAGUACUUAAACCAGAUCACCUUCUUCCUCCUCGAUUUGGGCCUCACCGUUCUGCUGCCCUACUACGAAAUUGACAACAUUAUACAUAUGCACAAAAUGGUUAACUGCGUCAGGGAGGCCGGAGCGCACAUGGGGUCGGAGAAGCCCCCUACCAGCGGACGUGGUGAGGAGGACCGUUCCUCAUACAUGAAGGAAAAGCAGAACAAUCAAGAUGCCCUCAAAACAGGCACUCAUGAGGAGAACAAACCAGAACAAGUUGUCAAUAUAACACCAUGUUAUCUGAGAAAUAGGAUAAAAAAAUAUAUGUCCGUUUAUGUCAAUUUUGUGAAGGAAUGUCUGAGUGAGAAGAACUUUUCCACGGUGAUCUAUUUUCUGGAUUAUAUUUUCUCCGAUUUUAAGAAGCAUGAAUUGUAUGACACGUUGGUGAAGGAGAUAAAAUGCAUACCCCUCUUGGAAGAGUUAACAGGGUUAAGGGAAGGAAACUCCUGUGUGAGUAACGAAGAGGAGACAUUCAAGACAAAGUGCGAUGAGGGAGAUAUGGACGGACGUUAUUCUCAAGAUGGGAAUGUUGACAUAAUGGGGGAUGAUCACAAUGAAGACGCUAAAACGUUGGAGUGUGGAGAAAGCGCUGGGUGUUCCUUCCCCAAACAGGAUGACCACUCGAAGGGGGAAGCAAAUCACGUCGUCCCCAUAUGCACAGAUAACCUACUCAAAUUUAAGAACAGCAACUUCGACACGGAGGAAUUUUUCAAUUAUGAUUUUAUUCACCUGAUUAAGUAUGACGAAAAUGGAAAAAUUUACACGUCAAAAUAUUUUUAUCUGUUUGACUUAGACAGCGUAACUUUUAUAAACGUCCAUUUUUACUCCUCAUCCAUUUUGUCUCUCCUUAUGGAGACCCAAAUUGUGGUGAAUCUGAGUUUUAGUAAUUUGUCCCAGGUGCUGAAGCAUAAUUUGUACCCUUCCAUUUUUCACCCUUGCCAUCCGAUCGAUGGGAAGGAUGGCACCUGUGAUGGAUUUGAUAGUGACCAGGGUGAUGCUUUGGUGCGCUUCCCCGGGGAGGGGGACCCAAACCACCCACGUCAGCAUACACAAUACCAUCUCGAAGGAGAAGAAAACCAACGCAAAAAUAACGCUCCCCUGUAUAACUGCAUACAAAUCGCCUACGAAGAAAACGUCCUCAUUUAUAGUAGACUUCUCCUCGACAUGAUAAGCGAUCUGUGUACUGGGCAGCCCUACAAGAGCGUCCUCCACACGCUGAACAAUUUUCGCCUUCUCAUCACAUUUGACGAGGCAGCACAGAAUGCAGAGAAGGCAUAUAUGUAUGUACACAGGUGGAACGAUAUAAAAAAUAUCCUCAGCUUUCACUUUGGAGAUCCCCGCAUGGAGGCUACAUUAUAUUUAUUGGGCUACAAAAAAAUGCACCCCACUAUGUCAGACAGUUGUAUUUUUAGACAGUACUUAAUAAAUGACUACGAAGAUGCUAUGCUUUCCUUAUAUAUAAAUGGGGACUAUCUCAACUGGUCAGCACUGAGCAUGGAUGACAUGAAUUUUCUUCUACUUACUUUCCUUUCGACCAUCAAAUUUAAUAGUAAUAAUAUUUUUUAUUUUAAAGCUUUGCCCAUUUUUUAUUCUUUAAAUUGUUCUGCAUACAUCAAUUUGGCAAACAAGAGUAGAAGGUACAUUGUGGUGUGCACGAAUCAUUUGGAGUUGUUCUCACUUGUACUGUCGGAAUUGCGUUUGGGUAGUAGCACCAUCGAGGGAGAUACUACUAAUGGUGCAAAUGGGGUAACAAUUACAGAUUUGCGUGAAGGUAGUAAAGAGGAAGGGAAUGCUAAGCAUGGUGACGCUGAUCAGGUGGACGUCCUUUCGGAGGCCUCACCCCUGAAGAGAAGUACAGAAAGGGACCAUUCCGCAACAAUUCACAACAACGAAAUGAGCACACCGAUGAAGUACACUUUCCUACACCACUCCAACGUUAGCGUAAACUACUGGAAGCAUAUCAACAUAGAAUGCUGGUGCGGGUAUGACGUCAUCGCAAAUUUUUUAUUACAAGUGGUACGAGAUUGCAGGGAUGAACAACUAUUUCACUACAUUCUGCUUUUUAUCUACAAGGAGUAUGAAGACAUAGUGGAAAAAAAAAACAAACAAACAAAUUUUAGGAGGGAAAAAUAUUCUGGUAACAUCCAUAAUGUGUGUGACGCAAAUGAGGUGGACCAUGUGGAUAAUCACUACGGGGAAUUCCUGAUGAACAUUUUUGGAGAAUUGAAAGAAGUGCGAUUGAAGUUUAGGGGAUAUGUACAAAUUGCUCAGCUUUACAAUGGUAAUAGUGGCUUGUUUAGGGAGUUCAUAAAUGGCAGCAGAUUGUUCCACUUUGUCCAUUUGACUAAUUUAAAAUAUGAAAAGGAGUUUUUGGAAAAGUUAAAUUUUCAUGUGAACCCUAGUAUGACCGAGUUAAAUAACUUCCUUUACAUUUUAAUUAAUGUUGUAAAGAGAACAGCCAGCGAAGGCGCUUCGGAAGUAGUUCCCAUUGAAGACAUUUUUCACAAUAUCUGCGUGGAUAAUAGUAGGUAUGACACAAAAUUCGAUGAAGAUAACUUGCAUAACAAAAUGCACUCUUUGUUGGAAUACGUAGAGGGCAACUUGGAGAUACUUCUCACAAAGAGGGACGAUAAUUUUGCCUAUUUAAUGGGAUCCCUAAUGGAGCUUUUACUGAAUAGCAAGCGUUUUGCAUGGGCGGCAGGUGCGUAUAAAACGCUGGAAGGUUACUUCGUGCAAAGGGGUAAAGCAAGAGUGGGGUAUUCGAUAGAGGGGACAAGCGCCACCAGGGGGGGACAGGAUGGAGAGACGCACAAGAAGGAGGACGCAGAAGCAGAGGUGGGGCAAACAGUCGAACCAGCCGUGGAAGUAGCGAUCGAAUCAACGGUGGAAGAACAAAAUUGUGCCGUGGAGAACCAGUGCAAUGCCCAGCCCAAUAAACAGGAGGAGGAACUUUCCAAGCGAAGUAACGGAAGGGAGACGGGGGAAGAAGCCGGAACCCCUUCCAUUCAUAUACCAGAAGGGAGCGGCCAACUUAAUAAGAGCAAAACUCUAUGA